AUGUCUCGUCGAACUUGGCAAGAGAUUUCAUCAGUUAAACAACAUGUAGAUGGAACAUACCAAUUAUAUUCCUCAUCAUGUCAUAAUCAUCAACAACGCGCUGAUAGUAAUCGUUUAUUAUCACCUAUUCGUGACGAUAUACGUCAAAUGACAGAUAAUGGAUUAACAGCUGUACAAAUUAAAAAGGUAAUGAAAGUAUUACAUCCAGAUCUUUUCAUUGAUUCAAAAAUCAAAAGUGCUGUUGAAUAUAAACAUCAACAAAAUUGUUGUCGUAUAAAAUUCAUUGAAGAAUUAUAUUCGUGGUGUUCUCAACGUAAUAUAUAUCCAUCAGUUGAUAAAAUACAUGACGUUUUCGUGCCAUAUUUUGAA